AUGGCGCAGCUUCAACACUUGCUGCAGCUGGCACAUACCCCUGGACCGCAGAUGACCAGUGCUGCACAGCAGCUGGAAGUUUUAGAGCUGCAACAAGGCUUCGGCCAGGCGCUGCUGGCCUUGCUGGCCGGUGAGCAGCUCACCGCGCAGGCCGCUGCCAUCUACCUGAAGAACUUCCUGCAGCGUCGCUGGCAGAGCCUGGAAGAGCGCGAGACCUUGCGCGACGCGCUGGUCCCAGUGGCGCUCAAUUCGGAUCGCUUGGUGCGGAAACAGCUCUGCGCCGCUGUGGAGGAACUCACUCUCCAAGACUUGGAGCACUGGCCGGCACUGCCCCAGCUGCUGGCGACCGCGGCCACGGCGGCCACAGCACAGGCUACCCUGGAACUGGCGCACGCAGCCUUGCGCCAUCUGCGUUCCGAUGGGCGGCACGUGGAGCUCACCCGUCAAGCGAGGUACUGUGCGGAGCUACUGGGACCGAUGCAUCUGGAGUUCUGGCGCUUAGCCUGUGACCGGGUGGUUGCCUCCGAAGUUCCAGAUCCUGAAAGCUCCCAACUGCUACUGGCAGCCUCAGAGGUGCUCUACGACUUCACGCGGCUGGUCAUGCCUGAGCAUGUGCAACAAAACCUGGAGAGCUAUAUGCAGGGCAUCCUGGCGGUCUUGCAACGCAGCGCUCCAAGCGCUCCAAGUGCUAGCGCCACAUGCGCCACGAAGGAACUCUUGCAGGAACUCUGUGGGCUCCUGGCCAUGUGGUUGAGCCGAUACCCAGAGGUGCUGGAAACGCUCCCCGAGAAGCGUUGGCCCAGUCGAUCCGUGGAGGCAGCUUGGAGUUUGCUCAUCAAGCUGGACGACAGCUGUGCUCACGACGCGCUGGUGAUUUCGGCCAUUGCCGUGUUGUCCUCCGCGUCUUGCCAGGAGUGGCAAAUGUCGCCUUUCGGCUCUGAUGCCACAGUCCUAGCUGCCGUUUGUGAACGCGUGGUGCUGCCCAACCUGAAGCUUCGUGCCAUCGAUCUGGAGAUGUUCCAUGAUGACCUGCAGGAGUACAUCGCCCGAGACGUCGAGGGCAACGACAUCCAGACCCGUUGCUGGGCGGCCAUCGACCUGGUGCGCUCCCUGCGACGGCGCCACGACAAGGAGACCUGUGAAUUGGUGGUGGCUUAUGUCAAGAAGGUCCUACAGAAGGCGCUCUCCUCGGACGCGCAGACGGCGGCCAUCUGCAAACAUGCUUGUAUCCACCUGGUGAUCAGCAUGGCAGGCUCUACGGCUGGGCAACGCAUCACCAGCCCAGGAGGCUUGGCCACGGAGUUCUUCAAGGAGCAGUUGGGUCCUGAACUCCUGGCUGUGCAGGAACCUCCACGAGGCACCUCGGUGGAGGCUGUGCUCUUUAAGGCGGCCUGUUUGAAGUUCAUCACGGUGCUGCGCAACAUCCUCCCUGCCGAGUUAGUGCUGGGCAUCGUGCCGAGGCUUCCCUUACUGCUGCAGGCAGAGCACCCGUUGCUCCACAGCUAUGCUGCCAUCUGCGGCAACGUCCUGACGACCGUCCAAGACAGGGUGGGGGAUCAAGGUCGUCCCGCCUGGCGACCGCGCUACAGCCGCGAGCAGCUGGGCCCGGUCUUCAUGGAGAUGAUUCCCAUGGUGUUGCAGCUGCUGGAGGGCCGAAGCCUCCCGCAGAACUGCCAUUUGCUCCGAGCGCUAUCGGCUUGGUUGGCCUUCCUGGGUCAGAGCUUGCCAAAUGAGUUGGCCACCAAGACCCUGCGGUCCUUGGCACAGGUGGCAUGUUGCCUGUCCCCCAUGGGCAAUCCGGACUACGCCCAUCUGCUGUUCGGCUGCAUCGCCCUGAGCUUGAAGGCCGGUGGACGAAGCCCCGGUACUGAAACCGCAGUGCUGGCCAUGGUUGAAAAAUUGUGGGUCUCUCAGGCUGAAGAUCUGCUGCCCUACUGCUACCAGAUCUUGGGCCUCAUGCUGGAUUUGGGGGCCACGGAGUCGAUUCCGCUCUAUGCGGAGCUUCUUCAGCAGGUGCUGGCACCACAGCUGUGGCAGGCGCCCGGCAAAGUGCCGGGUCUGGUUCGCUUGCUCCGUGCUUUUUUUGCCAAGGUGGGUGUCUUCCGAUCGCUGCUGCAGCAAGUGAUGCCCAAUCUCUUUGAGCGUUUUCAACAGGCCUUGGCCAACAAACAAUCUGCCAGUGCAGCUAUUGGGCUGCUCUGUGCAGCCUUUCGUUUUUUGCCCUUUGAGCUCUACUGCAAUCAUUUCCAGGCAGCCUUGGCGGCUUGCCUGAGUCGCUUGGAGAGCAUCAAAAUCAUCGAGCUAGAGAAGGACCUGGUAGUGGCUUUGUCCAUCUUCGUCAAAGUUCACCAAGACGGGGCUGCAGUGCUGCGGCUGGCGUUGAAUCAGCGGAAGGAGGGGCUCUUUGAGCACUUCCUGAUGGAGGUGUGGCUCCCAGGCACUGCGCGGAUCCAGCUGCUGCAGCGGCGGAAGAUUUGCAUCUUCGGGCUGAUCCGGGUGAUGCAGCUUCCGCAGUUGCCAGCCGCGGUCUUUGAGGCGAGUUGCCACGCUUUGCUGCGCUUGCUGCGGCUACGACAGGCAGGUCAUCCAGUGCUAAUCUUCGAAGAAAUCUUCAACAACAGGCCCCUCUUCCUCUGCAAGAAGGGGGAGGGGAUCACCCCCGGCGAUGAGUUUCAGGUGGCCUACAACCACCUGGAACAAGCUGAGUUGAAGGAAGACAUUUGGGACGUUUUGCCCGAGAUCCAAGACGUGACCACCGCCAAGGUGGCUGUGAAACAGGCCCUGGCGCCGCUGCAGGAGGUGCUGAGCAAAGUGGAAGGUGUGGUUCAGGCCCUGGAGCUGAUUCUGAGCUGUCGAGAUCGAGAGCGACGGCAGCAGCGACUGAAGAUGAGUUUCUUCAAUGCAACAACGGCCCUCCUGGAAAACGUUGUGCAGAGUUGGCUGCAGCAAACUCGUGACAACCGUCUGAACCGACGAAGGCAAGAGAUGCUUCGCGAGCAGAAGCUGCGUGAGGUGUCGCGUAUCCUGCGCACGGGGAUGCAGCAGGGAGUGGAAAUCUACUGCAUCAUGCAGGCAUGGCACCACGUCAUGGUGCAUCAUCGCCAUGGAGAGCAUCAACGCAGCCGAGCGAUGGAGGCCCUGGCACGGAUGAGCAGCGACCAGCUGGGCUUAGCCUUCACGGCAUGGCUGGCGGCCUGCAAGGCGCAGAGGGCCACAGAGGCUCAACGCUUCCAAGUGGCGCAGAAGACGCUGAUGAUGGGCCUUCAAGCAAAUCUGCAAACCGUCUGGGCUGCCUGGGCCAGAGGCAUGGAGCAGCGCAAGCAGAAGCAGCGCCUGGCGCAGCAGAUCUUUGCCUCGCAGCAGCAGCUGCUGCAGCGGAGUUUCAACGCCUGGCAGCACAGCUCCAAGCAGUCCAAGGGUCAAGGACAUCGAAGUGCUUCGAUAGCGCAGCAAGCCUUUGCAAAGACUUUGAGGAGCUGCAUCUUGGAGAUCUUCGUGGAGUGGAAGGACUUCACGCGCCGAGAGAGGCUCCGAGUGCUAAAAGCGCAAGUCUCGCGUGCACAAGCAACGCUGAAGACCAUGGGCGCGCUGAAAGUGCCAGGAAGCCAAGAGGAUAUGGAGCAAGAUCUGGGAUGCCUCUCUCGCACGUUGCUUUGCUGGCGUUUGCUGGCGGCGGACGCUGAGAUUGAACAGAGCGCCAUCAGCAAGGAACGGCGCAAGUUGGCCAAAGUCGGUGGCCUGGGACUCACAAUGGCCAUCCUUUGGUCGCUCGCCGUCCUGGCCACUGCGGCGGCCACGCCGGCCACGGUGGCAGUGACGGGCGCCACGGGGAAGUUGGGGCGCCAUGCAGUGGAACAGCUUGUGGCGGCAGGCCAUCCCGUUCGCUGCUUGGUGCGUUGCGAUCCCGCGGAAAAGGCGGAGGCGGAAGAGCACGGGCAGUCUGCCAGCAGAGAGCAGGUCGCUGCCUGGUUAGCCUCCCUGCCUGGUGUGGAACUUAUCAAGGGCACUGUGACGGACAGGGAAGCGCUGGGCCGAUUGUUGCAAGGUUCCAGCUAUUGUUUGGCGCUUCACGGCGCCACGCGCUUCACAAAGCCGACAGAUUGGCUGCCCUGGGUGGAUGAAAGUCAAGACCCUCUACAUGGCCGGCAGGUCAACUGCGAAGCUGUCUCGCUACUGCUCUCGGCUGCGGAGGAAGCAAACCUGAAACGCCUGGUGCGCGUCACCGGGAAGGGCGAGGAUCCCUGGUCGAUCACAUCGAUUUUGAUCAACGCCUUUGGCUCCAUGAGCAAAGCCUGGAACUUCGAGGGCGAACGACGGCUUCGCGGUGGAAAACUGGAUUACACCAUCGUCCGUCCCGGCUUCAUGGGCGACGUCGAGGCCCAGCUGCCCGAGGAUCAGAGCCUGGCCCUGGUGGACGACGGCGGAGAGUUGAAGGUCACGGCCAUCCCACAUCGGAGCGUGGCGGAGCUUUGCAUUCGCUGCCUGGACUACCCGCACAGCGCCAGAUCCACCCUGGUGGCCAUGACUCAGCCGAUGCCGGGCCCCAGGACUUGGGAACCUUUGCUAGAGAAAGUGCAACCGGAUCGGAGGAACUUUGCAGGUGCAGAAAUGCUGGAGAAACACUACUUGGGUGUUCGCGGUUUCGGUGCGGCCAUAGCAUCGUUCUUGGCGCUGCUGGUCGUGCUGAACCGCUGAGAUUAUUUUUCUGAGAUGGGUCUGAUGGAUCAAAACCGACGAUUUUUUGGGAUGAACUAUUACCCUCUGGUAAUUUAACAUAGCUAUUGG